AGUCGAAGACGAUGCAAGAACGCGUUUAUAUACUAACGUAUUAUUUCCUGUCGAAGGGUUAUUGCCACAAGGAUUAUUCUGUGCAACACCUGCCGGAUUCUUGGGUGUCUCUGACUAUGUUUUAUGCACCAAUAAUUAUACAGUGGCCAAGAUGCCGGUGGAAAUGAAAACGCGUCACAAUCUUGAUUUACGCGGUUAUAAUUUCUGGGAUAUUUAUCGAUAUAACGACCGGCGUGGAAUUAUGGAUCCAAAUUUUAAAUUCAAUAAAAGGAUCCUAUCGCAGAUAUUUGGUGAAAUGGCCUAUAAUGGUCUCCAUUAUGGUAUUUUAUCAAAUUAUAGCGAUACGUACUUUCUUAAGCGACUAGAAACAUCACCAACCACCCUUUAUGUUACUCGUGUUGUUCGACCCACUGAUACUGUUCCAACUUUACGCGAAUGCGUUUACUAUAUCAGCCAACUUGCCAUUAAUGAUAUUGUUGGUAAUAGAUUAGAACAUAGCACGUUUGACAAUUUUGAAACAAUUGCAAGCUCAUCAAAGAGAAUUAUUACUGUAGGUGAUUACAUAGGUGGUGGGUCAUUCGGAAAAGUUUUUUCUGGAUGUUAUGACAAUCAUGAUGUGGCAUGGAAGACUUGUGAUGUAUAUAAGCAACAAAAGGAGAUGAAAACGCUUAAACAUGAAGCUCAUAUAUAUUCUAUUUUAAAAGAAUGUCAAGGUCGUGAUAUUCCACGUUUGUUCUACAAUGGUUACAUUUAUAACGGAUAUAUUUUUGCGUUAGCGUUACAAUUAAUUGAGGACCCCCAUCAUAUUGACCCGUCAAGACUUACAAAAAAGGAAAAAGAAUUAAUAGUCAAUCAACUCAAUCGCUGA